AUGGCGUCGGAAAGUAGAAUGAAUAUAUUUUUAAAAGCUUUAAGUAAGACUGUGAGUGAUAUAAAAUGUCAUACUCUGAAACCAGAACAGCAAGAAUGCAUCAGAAGGCUAAUCUAUUGUGGUGAAGAUGUCCUUGCGGUUUUACCUACUGGUUUUGAGAAAAGUCUUGUGUACCAACUUCUUCCGACUGUUUACCAAAAUUUGCACUUGCUUGAAACGGGCGAGAUGAAGCAUUUUAUGAUUGUCGUAGUUAGUCCUCUGGAGUAUAUUAGGCAACAGCAGGUUGCAAAUGUGGCAAAGACCAUGUGUGGAGUACGUGCAGCUGCGAUCGGUGAAUCAGAAGAGAACGACAAAAAAAUGCCGGAAGGCAAAUAUAAUAUCGUUUACGGUGGUGCUGAACAAUGGCUCAAUAAUCGAUGGAAGAAAUGCCUACAGUACGGUGGUUUACAUCAGUCUAAAGUAUUGGUAGUGGACGAAGUACAUACAAUUGAAACGUGGUAUGUUGCUCGCAUUUUUGUGAUAAUUAUAACUAAAUUAUUUAUAGCAUGGGCCUGCAUGGCCACACUGGCACCACCACGUUUGAUUUAUAUUUAAAGGUAGUCUACCUGAAAAAUACAACAUGACUAUCUUAGCAACCACAGUAAUCUUCAUAUAUAUUUAACAAUAUGCGAAUUGAUAUGUAUUGUUAUAAUAUGACUGAAUAUAUUUUUUUUUUAUUUAGGGGAAUUGGAAAAAAAGGAAAAGCAGCAUUCCGGGAGGCUUUUGGGCGUUUGUCAGAGCUAAGAUCUUUUCUUGCUAUGCACACACCUGUUCUUGCAUUAACAGCAACUGCAAAUGAGGAAAUGCGUAACCGUUUAGCCAAAUACCUUGGUAUGAAGAGAAUUGAGCAUAUAGUUGUCAGUCCAAAUAAGAACAAUCUAAGAUUUACUGUCUUACGUGCUGAUAAGGAACUCCAUUGCUUUGACUGGCUGAUACACCUUAUGCUGGAGAGAAAAGGAGAAACACCUUUCACUAUUAUUUUUUGUAGAACAGUUAAUGACAUUGUUUCAUUGUUAACACAUUUCUUGAUGCGACUGGAGACCUCUGGUAUUUACACAGACGGUGAGGAACCGGCGCAUGAACGUUGUUUAUUAUUGGGAGUGUAUUAUUCUCAAACGCCAAAGAAUCACAAGGAAAGUGUUAGUUCUUUAUUUGAGGGAUUAGGUGGAAAUGUUCGAUUGGUAUUUGCAUCAACAUCUUUAAGUAUGGGCAUAGACUUUCCACAUGUACAAUAUGUAGUACAUUAUGGUCCAUCUCGCAACUUGACCAGCCAUUUACAGGAAGCAG